GGAGAGUGUGAUUACAAAUGGAAGAGAGGCUGAGAGUGCUACUCAGCAGCAAACACAGGGUGGACAAGUUCAGAGAUUCAGAGAGAGAGAGGAGGAAAGUAAGGGAGGGAGGGACAUCAAAUCUGUCUGAGAAAGGUUAACAGGACUGACUGACUGAGCAGAGUGGGAGUGUAAAAUGUAAAAAGAGAGUAGGAGGGUAAAGAGAGAGGAAGAGAGAGAAGGAGAAGAGAAAGGGAGGAGAGAGUGUCUGUCUGACAGUCUGUAGAGCUUGUCUGGAGGCUUCUGAUCGCUCUGUUAUCACCUGCAGCCUGGGAGGAGGACACAAGCCAGGCAGGUGUGUGAGUGUGUGUGUUUGUGUGAGUGGACAUGCAUUUCUGAAGAUGGAUCGCACAGAGAGACGGAUGCAAGGAUGGAUGGAGGAACGUGUAAAAUCGUGACGACCUUGGACCUGACUAUCCACAGCGCUUGCCAAAAGACUGGAGUUUGUGUCACGUGACCACAACACCUCCUCAGCUUCUGCAGGAAGGCAUGCAGUGCCUGUGUGAGUGACAGGCAGAGCGGGCCAAUGAGCUUCCCAUCGAACCCAGCUCUGGUCCCGGACAGGGACAGACUCCCGCUCAAAAAGAGGGACCAAAGGCCGAGCCCGCCUCCGCAGCAGCAGCAGCAUCAACAGCAGCAGCAGUGUGAUGCUGUUACAUUCAAGGCACCUUACCCUUACAAGGGCCACAGAGACUUUAAGACGAGGCACACGGGCCCCUUCCAGCCCGUCCCGAGGAGGGUUCCUGCGCUGUACCAGCCCUGGAUGCACACUCACCCCUCCACCAGGUCCAAACCUCACAACCUCUCUGCAUUCAGGGAUCAUCAUAGCUUAGCAGAAUGGAGGGACAUCAACCCCCUGCACCCUGGAUGGGCCUUUCCUCCCCACUUUCAGCACCACUUGUCCGGCACUCCUGCGCUCCACCUGGGCCAUCCACUCCCACCCCCCAGAUUCAGCCCAGCGUCUCUGAUCAAUGAGGGUUUCCAGAGGGUGGGUGGAGGGUACGGCUGGGAGCAGCUAAAGACAUUAAGGGACAAGAGUUCGAUCGCAGAGAGGCACAGCAACGGAGGAGUAAAGGGCCAUAUGUGAGGAGAAAAGACAGGAAAGUGGUGCUUUUUCCCAGGGGUGAAAAAGCACCACUUGAGGACCAGAUGCACCAACACGACGUGACGCACAAAAUAACAAAGGUUGUCAAUCAUCCCUUCUCUGGACAAUCGUUUGUACGAGUAUCACCAGAUAAUAACUCAAGCUACAUCUCGAUGAAGGAGGAUCAAUCAAGAUCUUCUUCCCUCCACUCCUCUGAGCAGACUUCCUCUUCCUCCCCUAACAAUUUCCCCUGGCUGCUCCCUCACUUUGUCGCCGGCUCUCUGAUCGAGCUGAGAGACGGGCGGCUGAGGAGGGUGGAGCACCUGCAGACAGAGGACUUCCUGCUUGGAGCGCUGGCCUGUCCCGACUUGUGCCUGAGCAGCUGCACGGUGCAGAGCAUCUCCCCGUCAGCCUCCGCCUCCUCCUCCUCCUCCUCCUCCUCCUCCUCCUCCACUAUCUCACGCUUACUCAUCCUGCUUCACGACCAGCAGUCCCAGGAGCUGGUAGAUGUCUACGUGGAGUACCCGUUCUUUGUGCGAGGGAGGGGCUGGUCCUCCUGCAGCCCCCUGAGGACGGCCCGUCUCUGUGGCCUGCAUUGCCACCAGCUCAGCGUGGGGGACAUCUGCCUGGCUCUCACCCCCAUAUCAACCCCCCAGCAUCCCCCGUCAGCCACCCUGGAGCCAAAGAUCUCACCCAUGAAGUCAGAGGGAGGGUGUGUGUCCCUGAAUGCUUCACAACAACUUCCCCUGGCGGGGCCGCAGAAAAAGGGAGAGGCAGUACGCAGGAGACACUGUUCGGCCCCUGAGCUGAGGGGCCCGGGGACUAACUGCAUGAAGUGAGGGGGUGUUGCUGUUUUAAAAGACAGGAAGCAUGUCGGUCUCUUUAAACUCUGCUUUAAUCAGCCUAUAUUUACCUUCUUUCUACCUCCUGAAUCAUAUCUGUGCUUUCUGUCGUCUUCUGAAUUGUAUCUAAGGAGUGAAAGGAAGGAUAGGAUGAACUCUCAGGAUUUCUGAACUUAAAUUUGCAUAUUUGUUAAGGUAGUCAGGGAUUAAACACUGGAUAUUUAAGUUGAGUUAAACUAAAUUGUACAUCUAAGCUAAUUUUUGGGGGUUUUAUUAUUGAACGCAGUUCUGACCAAAUCAGCCCACGUUGCUUUUUAAAGCACAAGAAAUCACUCCCUCAGGUCCUUCACUGCUUAUCAUAUCAUUUAAAGUUACAUUUAUUCCGCAUAAUCUUGUGUAAAACUUCUCUUUCAUCAUUAAUGAGGUUUUAUUUGGAGUAACUGCUUGAAUGCCAGAAUCGUUUCAGAUAGUAUAAGACCUUGGUUUGAGAUAGCAUCUGUAGGAUUCAGUUUUACGCUUCUACCUCUUUUUUCUAUUUAACAUAUAUAUUUAAGGUCUUUUUAACGGUGUGGGCUGUGUUGUGAUGUGCUGUGUUGUGAUGUGCUGCGUUGGAGGCGCUCAGCUUCUCAGUGAAUGUCAGUGUGAAUGCAUCUGCCUGGUUGUUGUUGCACUAUAUUGUAUCUGCUUUGCUUUUGUACUGAAGCUACAUUUUGAAUGGCCUGUUCUUAAGAGAGGAGAAGCUUGUGCCAUUCAAAGCACUUCAAAAGCACAAUCGGUGAGUACGCUGAUGUGUCGGGACCAUUGUAGGUUUACAGUAACAGUACAGAGCCAGGAAAUGGGGGGGGGGGUGUCAUAUUUGAAAUCAACAUUUUAUCUUAAAUUAACAAGAAAUCACAAAUUAAAAGAGAAAACCCUGAUUUAUAUUUAUUCUGAUUAUGAAGUCAUACAUUUGUACAAAAAAAAACUGUUGAGAUUAAAGUCACAUGUCCUAAAAAGAAAGGUUAUUUUCCUUACUUUAAAAGUAAGAAAUUAAUUCUGACUUCAGCGAUUAUUCAACUUUUUUGUCCCAAAAAUUCUUGUUCAUCUCGUAAUUUCCCCCCUAGAAUAUAACCCCCCUUCCCCUAGCCGCAGGUUCUUCUCUACAAUGAACCCAAUGCACAAUCAUAGUACAAGGGUAUUUGUCAGCUUUCCUCCUGAGUGUUAAAAUACAAUGAAAUUGAGCAAAAUAAAAUGCAGACCAUGUGAACUCCACUAUGAUGUCCCAGUCAGGGCAGGCGGGUUUGGUGACAGAUUGGGUCUUUACCUUGUGAAACGAUUUACUCUGUUAAAUAAAAAUGUGUAAAGUUUCUGCA